GCAUGGAUGGGCUAGCUCGGCUUCGAAAGGAGGCCGAGCGGCGCUUCUUCGCUCUCCUCCUCUUCCUUCCUCCUCCCUUCCCCGCCUCGAGCGCCCGCGUAUCUCCGCGGGUGAGGCUGGGCCAGCCUUGGGUCGGGACUCGACUGAUAUGGUCUGGAGAGCGGGGAUUUUGACAGGGCCGCGGAAGGUGGUUGGCCGGGAGAGCGGAGGCCCCGGGAGCCCGAUGGCGGUGGCGGCGCUGGAGGAUCCGGUCUUGAUCCGUCAUUUUAAAGGCCACAAAGAUGCAGUCACCUGUGUUGCCUUCAAUCCAACUACUAGAGCACUUGCUACCUCUUCUUUGGAUAGGUUUCUUAUGAUAUGGAACUUGAAGCCAAACACCAAAGCCUUCAGAUUUGUGGGUCACUUGGAAGGUGUGACCAGUGUACAGUUUUCACCAGAUGGAAACUUGCUGGCAUCUGCUUCUCAAGAUAGGACAGCCAGGCUAUGGAUUCCAUGUAUUCACGGUGAAUCCACACCAUUAAAAGGCCAUACAUCAGCAGUCCAUAGCGUGAACUUCUCGUACGACAGUCAAUUUCUAGCUACUGCAUCCAACGACAAGUCUGUAAAAGUCUGGAGUGUUUACAGCCAACGUCUUUUGUUUACCUUAUUCCAGCACACACACUGGGUGCGCUGUGCCAAAUACUCACCAGAUGGAAGAUUAAUAGUUUCUUGCAGCGAUGAUAAAACUGUUAAAAUCUGGGAUUUGAGAAACAAAACCUGUGUUGAUGAUAUAAUAGAUCAUGAAGGAUUUGCCAACUAUGUGGAUUUCAGUCCUGAUGGUACGUGUAUAGCUUGCGCAGGCUCCGAUCACGCAGUGAAGAUCUGGGACAUUCGAAUAAACAAAUUAUUGCAACAGCACCGAGUUCACAGAGCCGGCGUGAACUGCACGUCUUUCCAUCCUUCUGGCAACUAUCUCCUCACAGCUUCCAGCGACAGUACUGUUAAGAUUUUGGAUCUUUUAGGAGGAAGGCUCUUGUACACGCUUCAUGGGCAUGAGGGACCUGUUCUCUCUGUAGCCUUUUCAAAAGGUGGAGAAACAUUUGUCUCUGGUGGUGUGGAUGCACAGGUGUUGUUCUGGAAAACAAACUUUGAUGCAUUUGAAUACAAGAAAGUUCUUAAAAAUCACAUGCGAAAAUUACAUGGGGAUGAAGCCCCUCACCUUCUUGAUAUUUACCCUCGGUCACCUCAUCGCCAUAAUGCAAAACCACAGUCUGUUGAGAUAGAUCCCAGCUAUGACGUCACAGAUAUGCAAACACUUGACCCUCCUGUCGUAGAUAUUACCUCACCUUCUGUUUUACUGACAAAGCCAAGUAUCCCUUUAGCUCAACCUUCCAUGCAACAAGAGAGAGUGAUCAUGCAGCAAGAUAGAAUGAACAGCCAAGACAUGCAGCAGCAUUCAGUUUUAUCCUCACCAAGAGCAACAAGGACAAGCUUGGAAGAUGGAAGUAAAUACAUUGCGCACACCAUGGAUGAGCCAGUAGGCAUUUCUCCAGUUUUGACUAACGCCUUGGAACACAUUGUGGAGCAGCUGGAUGUUCUUACUCUUACUGUCUCAAUCUUGGAGCAGCGCCUGACUUUGACGGAAGAUAAACUGAAAGAGUGCUUAGAGAACCAAGAGAAACUGUUACUCUCUGUCAGAGAUUGAAAAUAAACAAUGCAAAUGCAUUCUCAGGAAGACAAAACAGUGACAUGAAGCAAAUAAAAUGUGCCUCUUUGGUGUAAGUGAUUUCCCUAAAAAUCAUUGAUAACAUUUUGAACAUGUAAUUUUGUGUGUGUGCGUUUAUUAAAUAUAUAUUUGUGUUUUUCUGAA